CCCGCGCACGCACGCAUGAAGACCGAGGAGCACCAGGACGAGCGCCGGGCGCCCGCGCGCCGCCAGGAGAAGCCGCCCUUCUCCUACAUCGCCCUCAUCGUCAUGGCCAUCCGCCACUCGCCCAGCAAGAAGCUCACCCUGAGCGAGAUCUACGCGUUCCUGCAGCAGCAGUUCCCCUUCUUCCGCAGCUCGUACCAGGGCUGGAAGAACUCCGUCCGCCACAACCUCAGCCUAAACGAGUGCUUCGUGAAGCUGCCCAAGGGACUCGGGCGGCCGGGCAAAGGCCACUACUGGACGAUCCACCCCUCGUCGGAGUUCAUGUUCGAGGAGGGCUCGUUCCGGCGGCGGCCGCGGGGCUACAAGCGGAAGUGCCAGGCGCUGAAGCCGCAACUCGAGGGGGGCUACUGCGCGGCCCCCGCGGCGCCGGCGCAGGGGCACGGGUACGAAGUGGGCGCGGGCGAGUACGGCGCGUGCGCGUACGGCGCGCCGCCGCAGCAGCUGUACGCCGCCGAGUACUGCGGCUACGGCGGCGAGCGCGACUGGGGGCUGUACGGGGAGCCCUACCGUCCGCCGCCGUCGCCGCGCCCCGACCUGCCCGACAUCAUCCCCAACUACCAGUACCCCGGCGCCAACGACCACGGUUCAUCGUCAAUGUUCGCGAACGUGCGCGGCGUCCAUGGCCAGAUGCUGCCGGGUGGAUCGCUGAACUCGGUGGGUCUAGGGGGGUACAUGACCUCUCUGCCGGCCCUCCCCCCGGACCGCAAGCCCCCCACCCCCCUGCCGGCGCUGCCGCCCGCCUCCAUCGCGCCGACACCCUCGACGUCCGCCGUCCACUACUACGACCAUCUCAUAUGAAAUGUUUCUCGUGACAUUCAGAAGAUUUUGCCAAAGAAGUCGUUGCAUUUAUAAAUUACAAGCUUGGAGAUGUGAGUUGUGAGCGGACAAUUAUUACGUUUGUGUUGAAAGAAAUGUGUACGACCAUCUUGCAGCUGCAAAUGUCAGUACUGCUGUGAAAAGGGAAAACUGCAAUUGAUCAUCGUCAUGAUCUUGCAGAUAGCACAUAUGUACUGUAAAAAAUAUGCCGUAAUUAUAUUAUUAUAGCUUUGUAGUUGGU